AUGUCUUCCAGUAGAAGUGAUAGCCGUGAUAGUAGAGACAAUCGCGAUAAUCGUGAUGGUCGUGAUAGAGACGGAGGUAGAUAUAAUGAUAGAGACUACCAUAGAGAUUAUCACAGGGAUUAUCGAGGAAAUAAUGAUAAACAUAAUUAUCGAAAUGUAGCAGUGUAUGAAAUACCAACACCAUUGCCUACAAUAGAUGUUUCAUCAUCGGAUAUUGAUAAAACACCACAUUUAAUAUUUUCUAAAUAUUCAUACGUUGGAGAUUAUCAAUGGCCUGAAACACCAAAUAAUCAUAUUAGAAGAAUAUUAUCUAAAUAUUCAAAUGCUUUUGAUCAAAACAAAUCGGAAUAUUCUCCUAGUGCUAUUGCGAAUAUGGACCAUGGAAAAUAUGUUUAUAUAUUAAUGUAUUUUCAAUCUAAUAAGAAAUUUUAUGUUGAUGCUUUGUUUAAAUUCUCAUCAGAAGGUGAUAAAUUUAUGCAAGAUAAUCCAAAGAUGAAACAUGAACUAAAAUAUUUUAUUUAUUUUUUUAGAAUUGUAUCAAUAGUAAAUGCUUUAAAACAUAAUAGAGCAUAUGCUGAGAAUAUUGAAGUGGAACCAAUAUAUAAGAAGGCAACAGAAACCCUUCAAGAAAGUUUAAAAAAUCAGGAAAUCAAUCAAAAACAAUUUGAACAUUAUUUAUGUAUGUUAAAAUUGUGGUUUGCAAAUUAUUUGGAUGUUUCAGAAAAACCACGUGAUGAUGCAUUAUUUUAUUAUAAGGAAGUGUUAAUGUUUUGUUUACAACAUUCUCCAUUCACAGAAGAUUUAUAUUUCAAAACUGUAUAUAAUUUAGCUAUUUAUUUCAUCAAACUUAAAUUAUUGGAAAGUGCAAUUGGCUGUUUUGAAUCACUGUUUUAUAUUGCCACAGCAGAAAAUAGAUUAUCAAAAUACCUUUCAACUAAAACAAGGAACAUUGGAAGAUUAGCUUAUGAAUGUUCAGACCUACUUUACAAGAAUGGAGAAAAAGAUCGUGCUAAAGAUAUCAUAAAUAAGGUUCUAGAUAAAAAACUAAGCUCUGAUGACUAUGCUAGGGAUUUAAGACAUUUACUAAAUAAAAUUUAG